AUGGCCAACACGAACGACGAAACGAGAUUGAUUGUCAGACUGCGAAGCGAGUCAAACGACAAUUCUGUCCAGUUUUCACCUUUGAGUAAAAGCUGGAAUCCAAGUGAGCUCAAGGACAUUUCUUCUCUUGCAAAAUGGUCCUUGUCUUCAAAUAAAGAGGCUUUUGGUGUGGAUCGACUGCACGAUGGAAACUUGGAUACAUAUUGGCAAUCAGAUGGACCUCAACCACACUAUAUCAACAUGUACUUUCACAAGUGCUGGGCAAUUGCUCAAGUAUCAGUUUAUUUGGAUUUUAAACAGGAUGAAAGCUAUACACCUCGUCAAAUAGCAUUGCGUGUAGGAAACCGUGUUCAAGAUUUAUAUCAAAUCAGCCAGCUUGAACUGAACGAACCAUCUGGCUGGAUCGAUAUUCUAGUCAGCGAUCCUGACAAACCACCCAUUAAAGCAUUUAUGCUGCAGCUACUCGUACUUUCAAACCAUCAAGGUGGUAAAGACACACAUGUCCGACAGGUAAAGAUUAUGCAACACAAGCAUGAUGGCAGUAUCGAGCAUCAAUCUUGA